AUGACUCUAGCCCGUACGCUCUUCUUGCUGUUGGCGUGUAUGGUCGUAUACUCUUCGUGCACUUGUUCUCAGACCUGUGUUCAUGGUACAUGUGAUAGUGCUAAUACUUGCAUCUGUGAUCAGAAUUGGUUUGGAACCAAUUGCACUGAAUUUGCCUGUAACCCUAAUAACAAUCCUUGCCUUAACGGAGCCACUUGUAGCCGUGGAGAAGGAAACGACUUUAUCUGUCACUGUGCAGAAGGAUACUCUGGUACCCUCUGUGACGGGAACGAUGGUCGUAUACCUAUAACCCUGUGCAAUCACACCUCUAGUACCUCAUGUAAUUAUGAUGGUACAUGUAUAGUCGACCCGUACACUGGUAACGAGACCUGUGUAUGUCAGUUUGGUCGUUCUGGUCCUACCUGUAAUGAUGUUGUCAACUAUUGUCACGUUUACCCCUGCUACAAUGGAGGUACCUGCAUACUGACAUCAGAUGGUUACUACAAGUGUAUAUGUCCACCUGCUUUCGAUCAAAGUCCUAAUUGUCUGAUCAGGAAUCCUUGCAGCAAUGGAACGUCCCCUUGUCUAAACGGAGGGACUUGCUACUCUGUCAAUGGGACCAAUGCCUGUCUGUGCCCACCAGGUUUUUCUGGUGAUAUCUGUAACAUAUCACUAUCUAACUGUGAUCCCUCUCCCUGUGUUAAUGGAGGUACGUGCAACGACAUGUCGGAUUUCACGGACUACACUUGCUCCUGUCCUCCUAGCUACUCCGGUAAAAACUGUCAGAACUAUACCGACCCGUGCGACGGUUUUGAGUGCCUAAACGGCGGAGUAUGUGAUUCGUCUCAACUCAGCGACGACGGUUCCACCUACACUACCUCUUGUAACUGCUCUGCUGGUUUCGAGGGCGAGAGAUGUGAGAGAGACAUUGACGAAUGUACUCGGUUCUCCCCUUGUCUUCAUGGCGCUACUUGUAUCAAUCAGUACGAUGGCUAUCAGUGUUCCUGUGCUCCAGGAUACAAUGGUACUCGCUGUGAGAAUAACAUCAACGAUUGUUCUCCGGUAAACCCGUGUCAAAAUGGCGGAAAGUGUACAGACGGUCUUAACUCCUUUACUUGUGAUUGUUCAGGGACUGGUUUUACCGGUUUAACCUGUAAUGUUUCGACCAACACAACUUGUUCUUCUCUUGGUUGCUUCUUUGGUGGAAACUGUCAGUUUGACAGCUUCUCAAAUAGAGACAAGUGUUCCUGCCCCGAAGGCUACUACGGUGAACUCUGUCUCUUUAAAGUCCAGACCUGUUUUCUUACCAAAAGCUGCAGUGUUAGUGGUACCAGUCAUUGCUCUCAAAACAAUGACUGUAUCUGUAAGACAGGUUAUACUGGUCCAACCUGUAACACCACUGAUCCUUGUGCUACUAAUCAAACCUCAGACCCAAGUUGCUCGUGUCCCCCUAAACUCACCCCUGGGGAGUGUUGUAGUGAUUGUGCUAACGGAGGCACAUGUCUGUACUUGGACGGACGGAAAACAUGCAUCUGUCCCCUUGGCUGGGGAGGCUCAGAUUGUACCCAGGACGUUGAUGAAUGUUCCACGAACCCUUGUCAGAAUGGGAUGUGUAUAAACACAGAUGGAAACUAUACUUGUACUUGUGCUAGUGGUUAUACUGGGAGGAAUUGUGAGGUGUAUAAUGGAUCUUGUACUAACAGUACUUGUGAUAAUGGAGGGGUCUGUAGGGAGACUGGUGAAGGGCCUAAAUGUGUCUGCCCUCAUGCAAACUGCUCUUCAUUGGCUAAUAACAGUAUCUGUGAUCUCCAUUGUUUCACCCCUGCCUGUGGUUAUGACAGUUCUGACUGUACAUUCAAUGGGAACAGGACAACCAGCAUAUGGUCACAGUGUCCCUUCACCGACUGUAGGUCCAGCUAUAAAGAUGGUGUGUGUGAUCAAAAGUGCAAUAAUGCCCCUUGUCUUUACGAUGGGAAUGACUGCUUGUUUUCACUGCCAUCCUGCCCUCAACAAAAUAUUACUAGGUGUUCUGGUCUAGUUGGGAAUGGUGUCUGUGAUUUGUAUUGUAACACUACUCAAUGUCCCUUUGAUACUGUUGACUGUGCUAAGCAAGUUUAUCUUCCCGGUACACUCAUAAUGAUCCUGUUUUCUCUUCCGAGCGUUCAGUUUGAUCACAGUCACAUUGAGCCGUUUCGUCGGUCGCUGGGACGCCUCAUAAACGCUGAAGUUGAAGUACUCAGUUACUCCAAUAUAUCAAAGGAAGAAGCAAGCAUGUAUAUUGAUAAUACAAGAAUUGAUGCACCACUAAGUUACUGGAAGGUUACCAUGCUUAUCAACAUUCAAUACUGUGUACAGGCUUGUCCCACAUCAAUAGAACAAGUGAUAAGGAUUGUUAGAGCAUCUUCUGGCAGUGUGAAAUUAGAUGAUUUUGGCAUUGUGGAAGCAAUCGAGGGCUCGCCUCCCCCUCCUCCAAGCUCCCCAACCACGCCCCCAAACAACUCAGCGUCCGCUACCUCAAUAAUAGUUAUCAUUGUAUCAGUCUCAGUUAGUAUCCUAAUAGUAGUACUAGUCGUUGGGGUUCUUGGUAAGAGAGUAAGAGACAAUGGCGGAGUUGGUAAAGUAUUAAAGAAAGUCCGGUCUCGUGGAAUAUGGCAUGUUGACGGGCGAGAUCAGACUAAUAAUUCCGGUUCCAAUACACAAGAUACUACCGAUUUGGAUAGACGCUCUUCCUCGCCCGAAUGUGUAGCUGAUUCCUUUAGCCAGACUGAUAGGAGAGGCUAUUACAUAUGGCAGCCGAUUAAAGUCUCUGUCGACGGAGAGGAAAGUGGCUCUGUAGCAGUCAUUGGUGAGAGGGGUAAAGAUUUGAGGAGAUGGACUCCACUUCAUUGCGAGACUGUUCGUUUCUCUGGCGACAAUACCCUACAGGAUAUACUCAUGAGGGACCACAGUCAACUGGACGCGCAAGGCCCCGGUGGAUUCACGCCUCUAAUGAUAGCGAUUGUGUCACAAGAAAAGAAAAACCGACACAAGUUGAUAACAGUUCGUACGGACUCCUCCUCCUCUUCAUCUGAUCAGAGCGAGCGCGAUAUCCUCAUGACGAACUGUGCCCCGUCUUAUUCCCACCCAGGUGCAGUUGACGGUAUGAUACUCCCCGGCCACUACCCUGGACACCACCCACCUCACAUCUCUCCCUACUCUCCAGUUGGUAUUCUUGUGUCUCAUUGUGCUAACGUUAAUAUUACUAAUGAUUACGGACAGACUGCUCUUCAUUUGGCUGCCAAGCUUGGUCGAGAGGAUUAUAUUCACAUUCUGCUCUCAGCUAAGGCUGAUCCUAAUAUUCAGGACAUGUGGGGACAGACCGCGCUUCAUGUUGCUAUUGGAGCUGCUACUCCUGGAGCAUUCAAGGCUUUAUUGGCCUAUCCAAAGACGAGUAUGGAGUUGAAGAGCAUGGGCGGAGUGACCCCACUGAUAAUGUGUGUCAAGAUGGCUAAUCACCCUAUGCUACAGCAACUCAUCACUAAAAACGUGGACAUUGCAGCCACUGACAAUGAAGGUCGUACAGCAGUCCAUUGGGCAGCAAUGAUAAACAAUAUCGAGGCUCUUAAAAUGCUCAUCAAACAAGGGCCAGACAAUAUUAAAGACGCUCCAAACGGUCGUGGGGAGACAGCACUCUACCUUGCCUGUAGAGAAGGGGCCACAGAGUGUGUCAGAUAUUUACUGUUUGAGUGUUUUGCUAAUAAUACUUUGAUGGAUAUGCUGGAUAAGUCUCCAUUGCAGAUUGCUUAUGAGAGACAGCAUGCUGAUGUUGUAGAGCUACUUAAGCAAGCUAAUCAAGCGUCUUGUGCUAUGCCUAUACCACCACCGCCUUCAAGCUAUAACCACAAGGUACACGUAUCUUCAGCCAACCCAAUGUUCAGCCGUGCCAAUACUAUCAAAAUGGAGCCGGGGCUACCCUCCCCUCACAUUCCACCAUCGUACCAGCAAUCACUAGCCAGUAACCUACCCAUUGGCAUGUCGUAUCCCCUCCCACCACGAAACGGGCUGUAUCCCCUAAGACUCCUCCCACCCACUACCACUAACCAAGGAGUUCCACUUAUGCAACACUCUGAUCAAGAAGGAGGAGGAGGAGGGCCUGGUAUUCCAAGAGUAUCGUCCAUAGAGGCCGAGUUGGAGCAACUUGUAUCGUUAGCUUUUACUUAUCCAAGUCCUAUCUCUCACACCACUUCUCCGGCUACUCAAGGAAUUUCAUCUUUUGAGCAGACCUCGCCCGGUCACUCUACUCCAGGGGAGGGUGUGUCUCCUGGCCUAUCCCAUCAUCAGGAUUAUUCUCCGGCUAGUUCUAAUUCGCCAUCAGUCUAUCCAGUCAGUAAUCAGACCACGCCUCCAGCAUCUCACGUAACCACGCCCCCUGCGUCUCAUUUGGGUGGAGCUGGAUCUCAGCCUUUAAAGCACCUUCCACUAUCGACUGGGUAUUCUCAAGAUUAUCAGCCAAACUCUGUCUCAUCUGUCGAUCAGUUGUCCUACAACACGGCCCUACAGAGUAUAACUCAUGCUCACCUACCUGGUGGCCAUAGUCCACCGAUUGCGCCAAUGACUUCACCCGAUCCGUUGUCUCUACCGCUAGCAUCGUCAAGCCAACCCAACGGACUAUCCCCUGGAGGACAAGGGACGUCUUUUACGACAAAAGAAAACCACAGUCCGUCGACAGGCUACCAGUGCUUUCCUUCACCUCCGAAAGAAGUCGGGGAGUAUUGUUACCCAAAACCUCAUACUGUUGAUCCUACUGCCGACAUUAUAAAUAGUCUAACUCCUUCACCGGAAGACUAUAGCUCUCAACAGACGAGUGUAGAGACCUCGUCUCCAUCGCAGUACCUACCCCAGCAUCAGUCUACGGUCCUCAGACAUUAUGCAUAUGAUUACAGUGCUGCCACUUACAAUCCUGCCCAGUUGUGUGAGGGCGAGUAUCAUCAGCAGCAUCUCCCGGGGAUAUCAGUAUCUUACAAUGCGCACGAGAGCACUGUAUGA